AUGGUGUCUUUGUCAUUAAAUGCCGUGAUAUAAUAUCGUAUAUUGCACCAAGUAUUUAACUAGUUCACAUGAUGGUGUUAUUUGUUUAUAUUCUGCUUUGUACCACUCUGCUGUCUCCGGCCAGGUCAGCAUUGCAAAUGUUUUCAAUUGCUUCACCUCGACAACUAGAGUCCAACUAAAAUAAAAAUAAAAAGACAUGCAUGUUUUUGCUAUGUUGGAUCAAGGCGACGUACCCACUGAACACAAGCCUCGAUUCCAACUGAGUGAUCAUGAAGCAGAAGCACAUGUGCCUAAUAUGCAUGGUAAUUCUAAUCUGAACCAAAUUUAAAUAAUUCCAAUCAAAAACUAUAUCCUUCUUGCCACUAUCAUUCUAAUCAUCCCCAGACUGGAUUUUUCCCCUCACACAUUUGAGAGAGCAGGAAAAAGAGAGAGGGGAGGGGGUUCAUUGGAGACGUCAGCAAACAUGCAUUCAUACUUUCUCCCCAUUUUCUGCUCUCUCUCUCUCUCUGCUCCCGCUCUCUCGCUCUCCUUCUGUCUCUUCCUUCCUCCCUGUUUGCCAGCUGCCCUCCCUCGUCAUCUUCUAGCCACCAUGAGCACCAGAUAACCGCCUGCAGGCUUUCCACACACAUCAUGGGUUGCUGCCUCUGUAAAAGUCACAAAGAGCUCUAUCCCCUGACAGUGCUACACGAGGGUCAUCCUCCAAUCUCCACCAAGGAUGAGCAGGCUCCAUCAAACGGCCAAGCAGCAGAGAAAAGCAACCAUUACAACAUUGGCGAGCUUGCCACGUCCUCUUUGUUAGGUCUGGUGGCCACCAUAAAGGAGCACAUCACCAAGCCCACGGCUAUGGCUCAAGGGCGAGUUGCUCACCUGAUUGAGUGGAAAGGCUGGGGAGGCGGCGGCGGCGAGGCCCGGGCGGGCGGCGGUCGGAGCAGAGGCUGGGCGCAAGGAGGCGGAACUUGGGGCCCUGAGGAAGAUGAACAAUUUUACUCUCAAAUGACGGAUGAGAUCAAGGAAGCUCGCUUUGCUGCCGGUGAGUCAGACACAACAAGGAAUUCAAUGGAAGUUCUCAGGCGAGCACAAUCAAUACAGUUCUCAGGAACAAUGACUCACACGGGGGAAAGAAAAAGAAAAACAUGUUUGUGUGCAGGAGUAGCGGAGCAGUUUGCCUUGGCUGAGGCCGCUAUGAGUUUUUGGUCCUCCAACGACUGCUUUGAGCAACCUUCGACGAGCUUGCAAGGGGCAUCAAGGAGCCACCUGUUGUCUCACUUCCUGUCGGAUGCCGCGAGCAUGGCCACGCCCCAGUACCUGCACAGCAUCCACACCGAGACGCACGGCGACAGCCAGCUCGGCGGCCCGGUCGCCCCAGAACCGCCCAGCGUGGCCUCCGUUAAACGGCAGGACCAAAAUUCCACCAGCGAGGAUAAAUGCAGCGGAGUCACGGGCGAGGCUGCUGCUGCUGUGCGACACAUAGACAGCAGCUCAUUGUCUGAGGAUGAUGUGUUUUAUAAUUAA